AGGACCUGGUGGAUGAUGAUGAUGGGGUCUUUGAAGAGUAUUUUGAGGAAGACGCCGAGCUUUAUGUUGGGGAUGGAUCGGGAGGAGGAGGGAUCUCUCUGGCUGGGACAUCAUGGGACAAAAGAGCAUUAGAACUUGCAGAAGAAGUUGCACUAUCAUUUGAUGGAAUAUUGGGAAUUUAUGCCUUUAAAACAUUGAAAAAUGCCAACAUUCAAGUACGAGUGGAGAGACUUACAAAUAAGUCAGGUACUCCUAGUAUGAUGGAUAUUGAAGCUUUCUCAUUAAGAUACAGAGAAAAGCUUGAUGAGGCUGAGGUAGAUGGAUCUAUUCCAAAUAACAUAUCUCUUGAGGUAUCAUCACCGGGUGUUGAGAGAGUUAUUCGGGUUCCCCAAGAUCUCGACCGGUUCAAGGAUCGUCCUAUGUAUGUAAAAUAUGUUAGUGAUGAAGUGGCUGAGGGUGGAUCAUCAUCUGAACAUGAUGGUGUUCUCAGGCUUGUCUCCUUCAAUUUGGAAACUAAUGCUUGUAUUUGGGGCAUAGCAGAUGUUAGAGUGAAUAGAGAAAAAGCAGGGAAAGGUGUUCCUCUAAGCAAAAAGCAAAGAGAUUGGCGCUUGGAGACACCAUUUACGUCCUUGCGUUUAGUUCGUUUAUAUUCUGAAUUUUAGAAAUUUUAGAGGUUCAAACAUUUAUCUAAGGGUCCUUUUAGCAAAGAACCUCUUCUGCUAACAAGGUUUACAUAAGAAGUGAAAAAAGGACAAUACGAUUCAUUAUGGUACAGGAUAUGAAAGCUUGUAUGAAACUGGAUUCAGAAGUAACUGGAUCAUAACAUUUUAAAGAUUUUGUAUUACAAAUUUAUACAUAUUGCUACUCAUAAUAUAAAUGUCAGGUAUCGCUAUA